AUGAGUGACGACGAGCUUGACCACGUUGUGGAUAUUCGCGAUAUUGUCGAUGCCAUUGAUGAAGAAGAAGCCGUUGUUAUGGGUGGAAUCGAUGGUCAGGCAACA